UGGUGCGAUCGGGGAACAAUGUGGUGAGACAUUCAGUUAUCUCAGCGACAGCAGGCAGGAGAAAGUCGUGCAGAGUCGACCAUCUGGGCCACAGUGUGCUGGACAACUAUUAUGAUGAAAAGUACUGUGGAAGUUGCUAUCCCAAAAGAAGCGAUGUCUGAUGGGUGGACAAGCGUGAAGGAUGGGCCUGCAGAAGACCGCACACCAGCUGCAGUGAAGUGGUGGCGCAUCCGUCCGACGGUGGAGCCGCUUGUCCUGCUGUUCAUGUUCUCCUACGUCGUGACUCAGUGGGUGGCCAGCGGGCUCUUCCUGGAGCGAGUAUGCGGCUCCAGAGACCCCAACAUGUGCACCAACGAGGACCGCACCUACUCCAGCACGCUUCUCACCUGGAAGGCUAUCAUCGAAGGAAUCGUGCCCGCCACUGUGUCGCUUUUCAUCGGCAGUUGGAGCGACAAGUUCGACCGGCGGCCCAUCUUUCUCUGGUCCUUUGCUGGGAACACAAUCGCGUACAGUCUGUUCUCUGGGCUGUCUGCGAUUACAGAUCUAGCGCCAGAGUGGCUGCUGCUGCCGUCUAUAGUGACCACCUUCAGCGGCGGCAUGAUGAACCUCAUGGCUGUUGCCAACAUCUACAUAGCUGACAUUAGCCCUGAGGGGCAGAAGGAGCUCAGACUAGGACUGCUGGACGUGUCGCAGUAUUUGGCUGUGAUGCUGGGGUCAGGGCUGUCCACACCGCUGUUCCUGAGCCUCAACUACGAAGGCGUGUACCAACUGGCUGCCGGUCUCAUGGUGCUGUGUCUGCUGUACUCCAUCUUCCUGCUGCCAGAGACCACUGCGCGCUACACACCACCACAAGACGGGAGCUGCAGCUGCUGCAAGGGGAUCUUCCACCCCCAGCUGGUGCGCGACGCUCUCAAGACGUCCCUGAUGAAGCGGCCACACCACGGACGCACAGCCAUCCUAAUCGUCAUCUUCGUGGCCGUCACUAGCGUCCUUAUCUCCCAAGGAGAAGGUGUUGUCUACUACCAAUUCGUGAACGCCAAGUUCCAGUGGACGAUGGAGGACAACCUGCUGUUCAGAUUCUUCAGCAAUGGCACCACUGCUGCAGGAACCUUGGUGGGCGUCAUGGUGUUCGUGCGGUGGCUCAAGUUGGGCGACGGCUGGAUAGCCUUCAUCACUUUCUCCUGCAAGAUCUCUGCAGCCGUAAUCCACGCCAUAUCACCGGAGUCGUGGUACAUGUUUCUGGGCGGAGCUAUCAGUUGCUUCGGAGCCUUGAUCUGGGUUCUGGUAAGAGCGAUGCUGACGAGGCUGGUGGCCAAGGACGAGAUAGGCCAGGUGUUCGCGCUGGCGGUGACGCUGGAGUCGCUGUGUCCACUGGUGGGGCCUCCCGUCUACAGCGCCGUCUUCAAGGCGACCAUCGAGUCCUUCCCUGGCGCCUUCCACCUGCUCUCCGCCGCCAUCAUGGCGCUCGACCUCACGCUGCUCCUAAUUGCGAUUUUCCUGAACCGAGGUGCGAGGAAGGAGCGGCAGCAGCAGCAGAAACAGCAAGAUGAAGGCUCUCCGCUUCUCGCCUGAGCAGCUGCUCACUGCCCACCCACCCAGAGCGAGGAGUCCUGGCAACAGAUGCCUCCUGAAGCGACCUGUCCCAGAUCCUGCUUGACAGCCAGGUGUCUUCUCAGUCGGAUACGCUGCUACUCCACAGAUCUUCAAGUCAUGCUUCAAUAGACAUGCACAUGCGUAUCCUCACCGCUGCUCCUGCCAGAAGCUUGUUUAUGGAAAUAUCCUUGGACUGGCACACUUGCACGACAGCCAAAAAAGUUGAUAGUCCUUUCAUUUAUUCGCCCCAAGCAGCUUGCCCUACCUCCGUCACGAACUUCAGCAACUGUCGGUAGCGGAUUUACUCUCACUCCGCUUCCGUUCGUACGACAGUACAUAUGACAUCGUUUGCUUGUGUACUUGAAUAGUUUACGUCAUAGCAAAUGAUUUUGCCUUCACCUAUGUAAACAAAUACUUUGUAAAGUAGUAAAAUUCUCUUAACCUUCGUGAGAGGAAUCUUAUCCUAGCCAUAAGCAAUUCCUUUUAGUCAUUAAUUACUGUUAAAGUAAGACAGUACGAUUUGCAAUAACGUAAAAUGUUUCAAAUUUUUUAACAUUUUAAAGUUAUUUUAAUUUUGUUACAAUGAUAAUAAAUUUUUGCUCUUGUCAUUGAACGUAAAUGUCGCAAUGAAGUUGAAAUACAGCAUUUAUUUGUGAUUUCUAAUAGGCUCUUCACAAUAAACCAAAUGCUGUGUUAACAAAAUAGUGUUAUUUUUGGGUAAAAUAAUUUUGAAUACUGGGCUGCGUCAUUGUAAUUAUUAUAACAGCUAAACAGCCGACGUUACGACCGACUUGCUGCGGUCCUCCUCAGGGUCGUUUUCUAACUGGUGCAAUUACUUAAUGAUGCUUGUUUCUGUAUAACAGCAUGAUGUUUGGUUACAAAAGUAAGUACAGGAAAUUUUAUAUUUGCAGCACCUAUGUCAUCUCAGAAUUCUCUCUAGCUCUAAGAACAGAAACAAUACAGAACCUGUUCAUAUGAGAGUCCCUUAUCUUCAGAUGUGCCUUCAGAUACUGUAAACAGCAACAAGCAUUUCACAUAAAAAUCCAGAAAUUAUACUUCAAGAAUUCAAUAAGAUUUAUCCAGAUACUACAUAUCUCAGUAUUACCUGUAACUUACUGUAAGCUGGUAAGUCGUUUCACAUAAAGUGUAUCUUACUUUUGUACACAGGAAGAAAUAUAGUUCAAAAUUAAUCCAGAAUUAGUUUUACUUACUAAAAAAUGAUUUCAGAGCUAUACUUAGUCCCCUGGUGAUAAUUCCUUUAUUAUCAUGUUUUGACGCCUUCAAAUAGUUUAGAUACCCAUUUUUGUAUCCAGUAUUUGUGGCUCAUUUUCCUCUUUGUUUUCGUUUCUGUGCGGUUUUUAAGUAAAAUAGGCCCAACCGCAAUAGCGCAAGCAAAAUGCCAUCUUCAUAAUCGUGCCAGCAAAUACUACGACAGCAUGUGAGGAAACAUUAACUAAUAUGUGAAGGUUAUGGGGUGGGGGAAAUCUAUGUGCCAGUUUUCGAUGCAUGUGCGGUUUUGGACGCCAUUACUUAACGUGGAGGGGGACUGUUCGAGCAAGCUACUUUCUGGUAGCCCAUGUUGGAUGUGUUGCGUACGCCAGAAUCAUGACAAGUCUUUUGUUCUCCGGCGUUAUUGCGUGCUGUAAUGCAGCCUCAUACUCUUUCAUUUAUUGAGCACUUUAACUUCCGAGUGUGUGGUUAUCAUUUCGUGUACAUAUAAUGACAACUAUGUGUAUAUAUUUUUAUACAACUUUUGUAAAAUUCGGAUUUGAUGCACUCGCAUUUAAAUUUCCAGAUACUUUUUGAGAUCGAUUAGU